AUGCACAAUACAACAAAAGUACUUAACGAUCCCACACCACCAUACGCUUCUGUAGGUGCUAAUGGUGCCGCCACUUCUGUGGCGGACGAGGAAGACGCAAGGGCUCAAAAAAAAGCUGAAACCACUCCAAAGGCAUCAACAGAAGAAGUCUGCCAGACACGAACGUCCCGCGGAAAUGGCGAAGAAUACGCGAAAGACAAAACUGCAUUGGCACAAAUGCAACUGCAGUUACGGACGACAGUGACAGCAGCGCCGCGGUCUCCCACACCACCUCCCCUCUUUUGCUUCUUGUUGUUGUGUGUGCGGCUGCUGCUGCGGUGGUGGCCGCGUGAGAGUGAGUGUGAGAGAGCCGUGCACCGCCCGCACACACACUCUUCCUUCUCUCUCUGUGUGUGUGUGUCCCCUUGCAUGGACUCUCGCCCUCACCUCACCACACGAGGCACACACAAUAAUGUGCCCAUUGUAUAUAUGCAUGCACACCCAUGCAGGCCCGUUGGUGCUCUCUUUUGCACGUCACGCACCGCUGCCGUCCUGCCUGGCUGCAUGGGCGGAGCACCGUAA